CAGGCGCCAGUCGGAACAACGUUUGGAGAAGUGGCCCUUGUCAAAUGCAACGAAGGCUACACACUAACCGGCGAUUCUCUCGUCACGUGUCAAGCGAAUGGAAACUGGAGUUCACAACCAUAUUGUACAAUUAAAGACUGUGGAGAUCCAACACCGAUGAACGGGACGCGACAGUCUCAAGUGCAAACGUACAAUACAUCAGUUGUGAUAGAAUGUAAUGACGGCUACGAAAUCAUAGGUACCUCACCAAUCACCUGUCAGUCGGACGGAACCUGGAGUGAUCUUCCGACAUGCCAUCCUUUAGAUUGUGGCACUUAUGUUCUUCUCAACGGUGCAGUCACUACGAGCGGAAGAACAACUUACGGUUAUACUGCUACACUCAGUUGCAACGCCGGGUACACACUUUUGGGAGUCAGUACUGUAACAUGCGACGUAGGCGGUUGGUCUGGUACCGCGAACUGCACAGCAGUGGAUUGCACUGAACUGAGCGUCGAUAAUGCAGUAGUACAGGCGCCAGUCGGAACAACGUUUGGAGAAGUGGCCCUUGUCAAGUGCAACGAAGGCUACACACUAACCGGCGAUUCCCUCGUCACGUGUCAAGCGAAUGGAAACUGGAGUUCACAACCAUAUUGUACAAUUAAAGACUGCGGAGAUCCAACGCCGAUGAACGGGACGCGAGACUCUCAAGUGCAAACGUACAAUGCAUCAGUUGUGAUAACUUGUGAUGACGGCUACGAAAUCAUGGGUUUACCUCACCAAUCACCUGUCAGUCGGACGGAACCUGGAGUGAUCUUCCGACAUGCCAUCCUUUAGAUUGUGGCACUUACGUUCUUGUCAACGGUGCAGUCACUACGAGCGGAAGAACAACUUACGGUUAUAAUGCUACACUCAGUUGCAACGCCGGGUACACACUUUUGGGAGUCAGUACUGUAACAUGCGACGUAGGCGGUUGGUCUGGUACCGCGAACUGCACAGCAGUGGAUUGCACUGAACUGAGCGUCGAUAAUGCAGUAGUACAGGCGCCAGUCGGAACAACGUUUGGAGAAGUGGCCCUUGUCAAAUGCAACGAAGGCUACACACUAACCGGCGAUUCCCUCGUCACGUGUCAAGCGAAUGGAAACUGGAGUUCACAACCAUAUUGUACAAUUAAAGACUGCGGAGAUCCAACGCCGAUGAACGGGACGCGAGACUCUCAAGUGCAAACGUACAAUGCAUCAGUUGUGAUAACUUGUGAUGACGGCUACGAAAUCAUAGGUACCUCACCAAUCACCUGUCAGUCGGACGGAACCUGGAGUGAUCUUCCGACAUGCCAUCCUUUAGAUUGUGGCACUUACGUUCUUGUCAACGGUGCAGUCACUACGAGCGGAAGAACAACUUACGGUUAUAAUGCUACACUCAGUUGCAACGCCGGGUACACACUUUUGGGAGUCAGUACUGUAACAUGCGACGUAGGCGGUUGGUCUGGUACCGCGAACUGCACAGCAGUGGAUUGCACUGAACUGAGCGUCGAUAAUGCAGUAGUACAGGCGCCAGUCGGAACAACGUUUGGAGAAGUGGCCCUUGUCAAAUGCAACGAAGGCUACACACUAACCGGCGAUUCCCUCGUCACGUGUCAAGCGAAUGGAAACUGGAGUUCACAACCAUAUUGUACAAUUAAAGACUGCGGAGAUCCAACGCCGAUGAACGGGACGCGAGACUCUCAAGUGCAAACGUACAAUGCAUCAGUUGUGAUAACUUGUGAUGACGGCUACGAAAUCAUAGGUACCUCACCAAUCACCUGUCAGUCGGACGGAACCUGGAGUGAUCUUCCGACAUGCCAUCCUUUAGAUUGUGGCACUUACGUUCUUGUCAACGGUGCAGUCACUACGAGCGGAAGAACAACUUACGGUUAUAAUGCUACACUCAGUUGCAACGCCGGGUACACACUUUUGGGAGUCAGUACUGUAACAUGCGACGUAGGCGGUUGGUCUGGUACCGCGAACUGCACAGCAGUGGAUUGCACUGAACUGAGCGUCGAUAAUGCAGUAGUACAGGCGCCAGUCGGAACAACGUUUGGAGAAGUGGCCCUUGUCAAAUGCAACGAAGGCUACACACUAACCGGCGAUUCCCUCGUCACGUGUCAAGCGAAUGGAAACUGGAGUUCACAACCAUAUUGUACAAUUAAAGACUGCGGAGAUCCAACGCCGAUGAACGGGACGCGAGACUCUCAAGUGCAAACGUACAAUGCAUCAGUUGUGAUAACUUGUGAUGACGGCUACGAAAUCAUAGGUUCCUCACCAAUCACCUGUCAGUCGGACGGAACCUGGAGUGAUCUUCCGACAUGCCAUCCUUUAGAUUGUGGCACUUACGUUCUUGUCAACGGUGCAGUCACUACGAGCGGAAGAACAACUUACGGUUAUACUGCUACACUCAGUUGCAACGCCGGGUACACACUUUUGGGAGUCAGCACUGUAACAUGCGACGUAGGCGGUUGGUCUGGUACCGCGAACUGCACAGCAGUGGAUUGCACUGAACUGAGCGUCGAUAAUGCAGUAGUACAGGCGCCAGUCGGAACAACGUUUGGAGAAGUGGCCCUUGUCAAGUGCAACGAAGGCUACACACUAACCGGCGAUUCCCUCGUCACGUGUCAAGCGAAUGGAAACUGGAGUUCACAACCAUAUUGUACAAUUAAAGACUGCGGAGAUCCAACGCCGAUGAACGGGACGCGAGACUCUCAAGUGCAAACGUACAAUGCAUCAGUUGUGAUAACUUGUGAUGACGGCUACGAAAUCAUAGGUUCCUCACCAAUCACCUGUCAGUCGGACGGAACCUGGAGUGAUCUUCCGACAUGCCAUCCUUUAGAUUGUGGCACUUACGUUCUUGUCAAUGGUGCAGCCAAUACGAGCGGAAGAACAACUUACGGUUAUAUUGCUACACUCAGUUGCAACGCCGGAUACACACUUUUGGGAGUCAGCACUGUAAUAUGCGACGUAGGCGGUUGGUCUGGUACCGCGAACUGCACAGCAAUGGAUUGCGGAGAUCUGUCUAUAGCAAAUGGUACCGCGAAAUUGCCAACUGGUACGACGUUCGGUGAGACAGCCUUCAUCAUCUGUGACAAUGGUUACAUACUACAGGGAGAGAAAUAUAUAAGUUGUAACAGUAGUGGAGUUUGGAGUUCAGAGCCGACCUGUUUAAGAGAUUGUGGUGACCCGACACCUAUCAACGGAAAAACGAGUACACCAUUCAGCACAACAUUCGGAGACACAGUAACAGUAUCGUGUAAUCCUGGUUACAACAUUAAUGGGUCUUCUUCUCUGACUUGCCAACAUACCGGCUGGAGUGAUACCCCAACAUGCGAUAUAAAAGGCAAUUAAUAU